AAGGAGGAAUGUACGGACGAGUUUCAUUUACUUUCAGUUAUUAUUAUCAAUUAUUAUAAAGUAAAUUUAUUUUUUAUUGUUAUGGACUGUUUUCUAAUCAAAGAAGAAUUUUCUAACCUGAUCAAAGUGAAAAUUGAGAGGAACGCGAAGACGGUAUUAGUAAGAGGAAAAGGUACAGCUUGUAAACGUAAUCAGACGACAGAAAACGGCAAUUAGUGUAAUUGUACGACGCGUGUGAAAUUAGUUGGAAAUACACAUGUAAAUAUUCAUGGAACGAGAAAUAGGGGCAGCUCGUAUUUCACUCCAGUCACUUUUGUCAACAACAGGGAAACAUUGCGCGUAACAUAACAAUAAAUAAUCGGAUUAUUUAUUAUUAUUUCACUUUGAUGACGUCUCAUAUAUCAGACUGAGUUUCAGUUCCCCCACUUUUUCCCAUAUUUACUCAAACAUACAAUUUGCGAUGAAAUCGGUCGAACAUUAAGGGAAUUCAUAAUAUUUGUAAUUCUUAUUCAGAAAAUGGUAAAAAUAUUUGUAAUUCAUUUUCUAAUAAACCGUUGGAAUAAUUUUGAUCAAAUUUUGUUCAAGUAUUUUUUCUUAUCAACGUGAAAUAUAUUAAAUUUAUGGUAUCUUUAAUAAAUUCUUAGAAAGAAAGUUAAACGAUUGACAAGAUAUUGUCCAAAAAUUGACAUACAAUGAGCGAAAUGUGUUUAAAAAGUAUCCUAAUUGUGGCAGGAAGAAGAUAGCUUUAAAACAAAUAUUUAUUUUUUGUACAAGAUAUAAUAAUAAUAAUAAUAAUAACGAUAAUAAUAUAUAAUAAUAAUAGUAUUUCAACGUUUAUGCUAUUGCAUCACCAUAAUGUUGAUCUUACUGAUGGAAAAGGAGAUCAAGGCUAACCUCAAUCGGUAAAUCAUUAAUGCAUCUUCAUUUCCGGCCACGUAAAGGAAACACGAGAUUCUGACGCAACAAAGAGGAAGUAUAUGUCCUCGUCGAAUUUGUAGCUUAUAAAAGCGUCUCGACGAGGUCUGAUCUUUAAUAACCAUAUAAGCAUGUUCGAACGAUCUUUUAGACGAUUUGUUCUACUUUGUCUGUUCGUGAAUGCGAUCUGUGGAUCGCCACAGUUACGAAGCUGGGACGAAGAAGAGCAAACGAGAAAUCCGAGGCAUGCUUCCUGCCCCUCGUGUCGUCGAGAACGACCAGACACCCUGGUUUCAUGGGACACGUCCAGAAGAGAGUAUCAUGGACUCGAGCCAGAAAGCAGUCCUUGGCAGAGCAGCGAACCAUUUAGACGUAACCCAAUCUUCCAGCAACCCUACAAUUCUCCAUUCAAUGACCCAUACGAUGGAGCCUCGUAUGAUAGAGCCAUCAGAAGCAGAGGGACCCCACCUGUCACUAAAUCAACAGCCACCUGCAAACGCGAGAAUCCCUUUACCAUCGGACAAGCUUUCGAUUUUGACGUGGCUCCUUCGCAAACCACCUCUAUUCACAGUAUAAAUAAUCCAGCAUCCUCGUACCAAUCUCAUUUCACAGUUUCAAGAACUCCAAAUAGAACACCAUACAGAAAACCUAAUUUCUAUGACCUGAUCAAAGACCAAUCUGACUUGGUACCUUCGAGCAAAUUGUAUGCGGAUUAUGGCCUGACCAAUAGUGAGUCUUCUAUGAAUAAUUUAAGAAGACAAUCAAGUGCCUUAGCUAAUGAUGAGGAAGAUUUGAGGAACCUUGGAGCGGGGAAGGAGUUUAGCGUGAGCACAGGACCUGACAAGUAUUUUGGGGAUUAUGGCUUGUCUAGUAGUCAGUCUGCUUUCGGUCAUCCAAGGAAAUCUUCAAAUUUUGGAGUGAGGAAGGACUUUGAGGCGAGCCUUAAUAACGAGGCUUCAUUUAAUAAUUUCAGAAGAUCUUCAGGUCUGUCAAUCAGUAAUGAAGAAUAUUUCAGGAAUUUUGGGACGAAGAAGGAUUUUGGAAUGGGUAAAUAUUCGCCUAGUUCCAAUAACGAACCUUCUUUCAAUCAUUUCAGAAGACCAUCCAGCCUGUCAUCUGAUAAUGAAGAUUUGGGAAAUUUUAAAUCAAAGAAGGAUUUUGGAAUGAGCUCUAGGUCUGAUAGGUAUUUUAGUGAUUCCUUUAUACAUGGCAAUCCCAUGAGUCAAUCUAGCCAGAAUUCCAAAACUCAAGUUAAUCAAUAUUUCAAAGUUCAACCUAACCAGUAUUUCAAAUCUGAAGCUAUCCAAUAUCCUAAAACUGAAUUUAACCAGUAUUCUAAAGUUCAACCUAGCCCAUACAUCAAGCCUGAACCUAUCCGAUAUUCAAAACCUGAACCUAUCCGAUAUUCAAAACCCGAACCCAUCCAAUAUUCAAAACCCGAACCCAUCCAAUAUUCCAAACCUGAACCUGUCCAAUAUUCCAAACCUGAACCUGUCCAAUAUUCCAAAGCUGAGCCUAUGUAUGAAUAUUUCAAACCUGAAUCUAACCAAUACUUCAAAGCUCAAACCAACCAAUAUUCCAAAGCUGAACAUACCCAAUAUCCUAAAAUUCAUUCCAACCAACAAUCUGCAGUGGGAAAUCCUAGAAUUUAUGAAAGAGAACCAAAAGUAGUACGGUCCCAAUUUGUCCAAUCUCAAAGGACCCAGACAUCAGAUGAUAGCAGACAGAUCUAUGCUCCAGAAGUAAAACACAGUUCCUACGAUAUUCCAGGGGAGUUGAACGUGUUCAGGACGACGCAGAAGGUUGCUGGAGAUGGCGUUGAGAUUGUUAAUAGUAGCAGAUGGGAGAAGCAAUUGGAGAAACACGAAGAUCACGAGUCUUACGAGAUCGAUGAAAAUGGUGAGCAGAUGGGAGCUGAGAUGGUGGAGCAGAUGGAUGACAGUUAUCAGGGUAAUGAACAACUGGAAUCUCGCGAGGCGAUGCAGCAGGAAGAGAUUAAGAGGAAAGGAGACGUCACGAGCGAAGAUAAUAAUUCUAGGGACAAGAGUGGAUUCUCGGGGAACAGGUCCUUGGGCGAAGAUUCCCCGAAGACUAGAUUGAUGCAAAUGGAGACGAUAGGAGACGACGAUGUGUCUGAAGAAAGCACGAUAGAGACUAUGAGUGGUAUUUGAUAGUUUGGAAACGAUAAUUGGUUAGAAUGGGACAUUAUCAACGAAGACUGGAAUAAAAAUAAAUUUGUUCGAAGAAUUUUUUCAGAAUUCGAAUAAAAUUUUAUUCGAAGAAUUCUAUGGUUCGAAUGAAAUUUUAUUUGAGGAAUUUUUCGAUAUAUUAAUAUUUAAUAAAAAGCGAUUAAUUAUUUAACAAUCAUCUAGAUAAAAUUUUAUUCAAGAAAUUAGUUAUAAUUCUUGGGCAAGUUCGUUUUAUUCGUGCGCUUUAUUUGAUAGUUAUUUGAAAACAAUUUUACUCGAGUCAUGUUCGAGUAAAAGCUGCGAAUAAAAAACGAAGUUACUUAAAAAUGACGAAUAAUUGUUUCAAUGUUUAUAAAAACAUUAUUCGUCAUUGAUCUCGAGAUUUUAUUUGUUAUACGAAAUAAAGUAUGCCAAAUUCCUGGCUUUACGAACAGAAUAAAAGUAUUAGAAACUAUCUAACUUUUGUACAAAAUGUUUCUAUAAAAUUUGUAUUAUAAUAAGAAUACUUUACAAAUUAAAUUAUACCAUAUGUGAAACAUCCUGUAUACUUCUUCGUAUCUUCAUUAUGUGGUUUAGAUUCUAGGGAAUUAUUUUUACAGAAGCUAGUGAAUAAUGUGAUUGUUAGAUGAGAAUUUGAAGAGUCGCUUUUGAUGGAAUAAAUUCUCAUAGAUGGUGUUUUUCUCUUGCAA